GAAACAACAAACAACAAUGAAUUUAGAAUUACUACAGACAUUUGGACAAAGUUAUCCUGAGGAAUAUGAUGGAGCUUUGGAUUCAGUAAGUGUUGCACUAACAGCUUCAUUCAAUCGACGUGGAUCUCUUCUUGCUGUGGGAUGCAAUGAUGGACGUGUUGUAAUUUGGGACUUCCUCACCAGAGGGAUUGCCAAAAUUAUCAGUGCACAUGUUCACCCUGUUACAUCUGUUAGUUGGAGUCGUAAUGGAAAGAAACUCUUAAGUGGAUCAACAGACUGGAAUGUUUCAGUUUGGGAUAUUUUAACUGGCGAGUGUGAUCAAAAAUACAGAUUUCAGUCACCAAUAUCAAAAGUACAAUUCCAUCCCAGAAACAAUAAUGAAAUUUUAGUAUGCCCCACCAAACAAGGACCAGUGCUAGUUAACUUGCAGGGAAAUCACUUUGUCUUACCCACAGGGGGUGAGUCUGAACAUAACAUAGUGGCAUCAUUUGAUCGACGGGGAGAAUAUAUUUAUUCAGGAAAUGCCAAAGGCAAAGUGAUGGUCAUUGAUGCGAGAACAAGACAGAUUAUAACUUCAUUCAGAAUACAAACUGGUACAAGCGCCAACACAGCAAUCAAGGCAAUUGAGUUUGCUAGAAGAGGAAGUGCUUUCUUGAUUAACUGCCAAGAUAGGAUCAUAAGAGUUUUUGAUCAUCAAAUUGUCCUGGCCUGUAAGGACCAGGAAGGGGCAGAACCAGAACCAAUUCAGAAACUACAGGACCUGGUCAACAGAACAUUAUGGAAAAAGUGUUGUUUCUCUGGAGAUGGUGAAUUCAUUUGUGCAGGUUCUGCACGAACUCAUGCUCUGUACAUAUGGGAAAAGGGAGUAGGAAACCUUGUUAAGAUCCUCCAUGGAACUAAAGGAGAACUACUACUUGAUGUUGUGUGGCAUCCCAUUCGACCAAUAAUCUGUUCAAUAUCAAGUGGAGUUGUCUCCAUUUGGGCGCAGAACCACGUGGAAAAUUGGAGUGCAUUUGCUCCUGAUUUUAAAGAACUGGAUGAGAAUGUUGAAUAUGAAGAAAAAGAAAGUGAAUUUGAUAUUGAAGAUGAAGAUAAAGAAGAAGAAUUGCACUCAGAAAGUGAGGCCGGGGAGGAAGAAGAAGUAGAUGUUACCAGUGUUGAAAGAAUACCAGCUUUAUGUAGCAGUGAUGAGGAAAAUGAUGAAGAAUUGGACCAAUUGAUGUAUUUGCCGGUGGCUCCAGAGAUAGAUGAUCCUGAAGAACCACAGUGGGGAACAACAGAGGUUGAAGAUUACAGUCGAGAUCCAGAGCAGAAGCGGCGAGCUGCACACGACACUGGUGCUGAGGCACCCAAGAAAAAAGUUAAAGUCAUCGACAUAAAACAUGAAUCGGAACAAAUCGACUUAAAACGAACAGAUCCUCAAACUACAGACUCAGAGUUAACAGAGCAGAUUUUGGACAGCGCGAUACCUUUAAAGACCGAUGCAGAUGAUGAGGACGCCGAUUCAUCUCCGGACACUAUUGUGGAAACAAACGACGACCUUGAUGACAUCAGCGAAGCGAAUACCGAACCCGUCACGGAACAGACUUGAAUAGAUCGAUAUUCAGUCUAUGUAAAUAGAAUCCAAGAUCUAAUAUUAAAAGCAAAAACCUCUCAAGCCCAUCUUUUGAAAAACUUUUAUUUAGAUGUCGGAUAAUCUUUGUAAGAACAAGGAGCGGUAGACAUUUAGUGGGAGUAAGUAAAAUAAUCGUUUCCAAUUCGA